AGCUAUAUAAAGACUGAGACUUAUGUCACUCUGCUAAUUAAAUUCCUUUAGGGCUGAGCUGUUUUGAGCACAUCACUUAACUCAAGCAAGUACAAGAACAGUAAUCAAGGGCAGAGCAUAAUGAUGGACCUUUUUGAAACAAAUUCCUAUUUCUUUUAUUUGGAGGGGGAGAAUGGAGCCUUUCAACAACUGGAAAUGACAGAUGGAUCCCCCUUGUAUCCAGGUAGUGAGGGUACGUUAUCCCCAUGUCAAGAUCAUCUGGCUGGAGAUGCCGGGAGUGACAGCAGUGGGGAAGAACAUGUUUUGGCACCACCUGGUUUACAGCCCCAUUGCCCUGGACAGUGUUUGAUUUGGGCCUGUAAAACGUGCAAGAGGAAAUCAGCCCCAACGGACAGAAGAAAAGCAGCCACCCUCAGGGAAAGGAGAAGGUUAAAGAAAAUAAAUGAAGCCUUUGAGGCCCUUAAAAGAAGGACUGUUGCAAACCCAAACCAGAGACUCCCUAAGGUUGAAAUCUUACGAAGUGCAAUUAAUUAUAUCGAGAGACUGCAGGAUCUACUUCACAGCCUGGAUCAGCAAGACAAGCCCCAGAAAUCAGACGAUGUACCAUUUACAUACAACUCCAAGGAAACAGCUAGAGAAGAUUUCUUAGGUAGCUGUUCUUCAGACUGGCACAAUAUUUCCGAGCAUUCCCCUUUGUCAGAGCUGAAUAUCAAAGAAGAAGGAUCUGUCCAUGAAUCCGCCUCCAGCAGCCUGCAAUGUCUGUCUUCAAUAGUAGACAGUAUAUCUUCGGAAGAGCCCAAGCUGGCCUGCCCCAUUCAGGAAUUGGUCGACAGCGGUAAUGCUAUUUAACAUGUUGCUCACGCAAGAACACCAAGAGACACUCUUUAAUUGAUUAAAGCCAAUGGCGAAAUGUUGGAACUACCAUUUGCCUGAUAUUUAAAGAUACAGAUAAUUUAUAAUCCAUGGAGCCCUGAAAGGACAUAUAAAAAUAUUAUUUUCAUAAUUUAUUUUGUUAUUUUCAAAUAUCAACAAUUUGCAGUACCAUUCAACACAAAUUCAUUCCUGUCUACGCAACACGCAAAGGUGUGCUUUUCCUUUCUUACUUAUCUUAAGUUUCCCUGCUUCUUGUAAAUAGUGUCGAUAGCCAUAUAUAGUUGAAGAAGUGAUUGAUUUAUUUAACGUCUUAUAACAAAAUAGUGUACAUAAGAAAAUUAUAUAAAAUAUGCCUAAUAUAAAGUAAUGUAUUUUGCUG